GCUUUGACGCUUUUAGUAGAUCUUUAAUUAUAAUUCUCACUUCAUCUUAGGAGAAAUUGGAUCGACAGCAAGUGAAGUUAUACCACCAUGUCUCCCGACACCAAAUCCUGCAUUGGAAGGCUUCGAUCAAACGUUUCGCAAAGAUGCAGUUCAAUUGGUCGAAACCCGCAAUAUUCACAAGCAUUUUGCAGCUUGCUAUAAAUAUUCUAAAGGCAAAAAUGAUAGUUCAAAAAGGUGUCGAAUGGGCAUGCCACGCGCACUAGUGAAUGUUUCUAAUAUUGACCUUACAACAGGUCAGAUAACUAUGCGUCGAUCACAUCCGUGGAUCAAUAACUUUAAUGAAU